CGUAAUAAAUCUUUGAAUGUAACAAAAAGAAAAAUUCAGCUCAAAGUAUGUCUUAUACACAUAUACAUUAACACACAAACAAACCCCAAAUUUUUCCAAAUUAAAUUCACUUCUGGUUUGUUCUCUUCUUUUACUCUCUUCUCUUCUCCUUUUCUGUGUCUGCAAUUUGAAUUGAAAUUCCUUAUCUGUCUGUGUCUCUGUGGAGAAAAUAGGAAAGGCCUAAUCCAACCACUAAUCACUUUAGCUCAUCUUUCUCUUUAUAACUUAGCAUAAAAAAAGUGAAAAACAUAACCCUUAAAAGAAGUUUGUGAAUUCAAUUUUUCUCUGUUUUUGAGAAAUUAGUCAAACAGAAUUCAGACUUUUUUAAGAGAUUCAGUCUUUCUUUAAAAAAUAAAAGCAAAGAUUGAAGUUUUCAUCGAGUUUAUUUUAGGGUUUUCUGGGUUGUUGAGCUAUGAGGAUAAACAGUGAAAUUUCAUCUCAAGAAGGAGAGGACAAGGAGGAAGGGAAAACGAUGUCGGUGUCAAUACAGCAGCAGCAGAAAAUGGUGGUGGUUGGGUAUGCCUUGACAUCAAAGAAGAGGAAGAGUUUCUUACAGCCCAAGCUUGAAGCUUUGGCCAGAAAUAAGGGGAUAUUGUUUGUUGCCAUUGAUCUAAAGAAGCCAUUAUUAGAUCAAGGUCCUUUUGAUGUUGUUCUGCACAAGUUGUUGGGAAAGGACUGGUGUGAAGUAAUUGAGGAUUACCAGCAAAAAAAUCCAGAAGUAACUGUUCUUGAUCCUCCUGAUGCUAUACAACAUUUAAGCAACCGCCAGUCCAUGCUCCAAGAUGUUGCUGAUCUCAAUUUGGCUGACUGCCAUGGCAAGGUUUGUGUUCCAAGGCAAAUGGUUGUCAAUAAAGAUCCAUCAUCCAUACCUCGUGAAGUUAGCAAAGCAGGGCUAAAAUUGCCACUAGUUGCAAAACCAUUGGUAGUGGAUGGAACUGCCAAGUCACAUGAAUUGUUUCUUGCUUAUGAUGAAUUCUCUCUGUCAGAACUGGAACCUCCUAUGGUUCUACAAGAGUUUGUUAAUCACGGUGGUGUUCUCUUUAAGGUUUAUAUUGUCGGAGAAACUAUAAAGGUUGUUCGGCGAUUCUCUCUGCCUAAUGUCAGUAAUUGUGAGCUAGCAAAAGUUGCAGGUGUGUUCCGUUUUCCAAGGGUCUCUUCUGCUGCGGCUUCUGCAGAUGAUGCAAAUUUGGAUCCUUCUGUUGGUGAACUUCCUCCUCGUCCUUUACUGGAGAGGCUUGCAAGGGAGCUUCGUUGUAGACUGGGCCUUCGUUUGUUCAACAUAGAUAUGAUUCGAGAGCAUGGGACUAGAGAUAGAUUCUAUGUGAUUGACAUCAACUACUUUCCUGGGUAUGGGAAAAUGCCGGAUUAUGAGCAUAUUUUUACUGAUUUCCUGCUGAGCCUAGUGCAGAGCAAGUAUAAAAGGAGAUCUGCUACAUGACUUGAAAAAAAAACACUAUUGUAUAUGAAUGUUGGUUGCAGGUCUAGAACUCUUGCGAAAUUGAAGAAAAGUCAAUUUUCUUUAACUUCUGUAAUUACUUAAUGGCGAAACGAGCAAAUCCCAGGUGUCUGCGUAUCCACAGGUACUCGCAUUUUGAGACAAAUCACAACUUCCCAGCUUGUAGAGUCACUCCUGAUCGCAACAUCUGACAGAACAUAAGACCUUAGCAUAUUCCAUAAUUCAUGAACUAGCAGGCUUCCAUUUACCCCAUUUUUAUGUCGUGAUGAUUAGCACUGAUCUUUUACUUUAGGUUACAGGUUUUUUUGGAUUCUGAUAAAUUUUAUUACAGUAUGUUAAGUUAUGUUAUUUAUUUAAGCUGCAAGAAUAUGAUUAAUGGAGGGUUAUGAAUGUUUCUAGUUGAGAGGUUAAAGGGUUAAUUUGGCCCAUGAGCUACUUUUCAAGGUCUAAUUCAUUGCAAUUCUGCUAAAA